AUGGUUAUAUGCGUACAUGUUGAAAUCGUAUUUGUUAUUCUUCGUUUGAUUGCAGUGUGGUUUGAUUUGGUUAGGAUGGCUGACCAAAGACAAACUCGUGGUCGAGCUGCGAUGAUACGAGAUGCACCUGAAGAGGCCCAUGAUGAGUCGUCUGUAGGUCGUGGGCGUGGUAGACCUAGAGGUAGGGCUAGAGGUCAGGCUGUGGAGGAAAAGGAAUCAGUUCAGGCUCCUGGGAUGCCACAACAACCUAAUGCGCCAAGCUUUGAAUUUAAUCAGUUCUUAGCUGGAGUUGCAGCUAUGCAGGCUAACCAAGUGGAGAAUCAGGCUAUGCAUGGGGAGCAACUAUUGCAACAACAACAACGUGUUGGUGCAAAUGUCAAUAGAGACAGUGUUUUGGCUUACAUGCGGCUCAAACCAACAGAAUUUGAUGGUUCAGGCGAUGCAUUAGAUUUCCUUGAGGAAGUUGAGCGUAAUGCUAGACGUCUGCAGGCUGACGAGAGGCAGUCAAUCUUGUUAGUUGAAAUGUCAAUGAAAGGACCAGCAAAAGAUUGGUUUCGACGUAUAAUUCAACCUACGAUGAAUCAGAUGACCUGGGCAGAGUUUGUUAAUCGGUACAGAGAAUUUUAUCUACCAUUUUCUGUGAACGAGAGUUAUCGAGAUCAAUUGCUAAAUUUGAGAAGAGGAGAUAGGUCAGUGCAAGAAUAUGUGACAGAGUUCACUAGGUUGGGAAGAUUUGCACCUGAUUUGAUGGCUGAUCCAGCAAGGGUGAAUGCGAGUUUUAUCAAGGGUUUAGGACCCGAGUUUAUUAGCCUUGUUUCUGAUGUGAACCGAGAUUUGAUCCAGCUGAUAGACAGUGCACGUCAGAUGGAGACUUCGUUGGUACAGUUUGGCAGGUUUGUAAAUUCUACUGCACCAAUGUCGACAAGGAGUGAUCAAGUUGGUGCGACGGCCAAUGCACAAAUAUGGUUUAAUCCAAGUGGUUUUACUGCACAACGACGUAAAAUUUUUAAAGGGAAGAAUAAUAAGCGUUUCAAUACCCCUGGAGCUAGUUCAAGUGGACGUAGCUCAGGAAGUUCUGGAGUUUUAGCACCAUACUGCCAGAAUUGUCGGAGGAGACACUAUGGAGUGUGUCAUCUUGCUCCAGGAGCGUGCUUUGUUUGUGGCCAACCAGGCCAUUAUGCAAGACAGUGUCCAAUGUCAGGAGCACAAGGGUCUACUGCUAGUGUUGCUCAACCUUUUCAACAGCAGCGGAGGCCUGUGUUUCCGGCGGCAUCUGGGCAAGGUCAGACUAGUAGUACAUUUACUAGUCAGAGAGGAAGAGGUUUUGGCAAUAAUAGAGGUGGAGGAAGAAAUGGUGGAGGAAGAGGUACUGGCCAGACUUCUCAAGCGGAAGGGAGUCAAGGCAGAGUGUUUGCACUAAACCCACAGGAGGCUCAAGCCUCUAAUGCAGUUGUGCAAGGUAUUUUUACUAUAACUUCUAUGGAUGCUUUAGUAUUAUUUGAUCCGGGUGCGACACAUUCAUUUGUUUCACCGAGUUUUGUGAUUAUGAUUGGAAAGCAGCCCGCUUACUUGCAGAAUCCAUUAUCAGUAGCCACGCCAAUGGGUGAAAGUAUGGAUGCAGACAUAGUCUAUUCGUCUUGUCUUGUGAAUGUUCAAGGACGAGAGUUGCUUGCCGAUUUAAUUAUGCUAGAAGUACUAGCAGUUGAUUUUAUAUUUGUCAUGGAUUGGUUAGCUCGAUAUUAUGCGAGUGUGGAUUUUCGCGAGAAGUUAGUGACAUUUAAUACCCCUGGAAUUGAGAUGGUUUCAAUUCAAAGUGAAAAAUUGAAAUCCACUACUAGCAUAAUCUCAGCUAUGAAAGCUCAACGAAUGAUGAGAAAAGGAUACGAGUUACCGGGAUUACCACCAGACAGGGAUAUAGAGUUCUGUAUUGAGUUAGCUCCUGGUACCAAACCGAUAUCAAUACCUCCUUAUCGGAUGGCGCCUGUAGAGUUAAAGGAACUGAAAGAUCAACUAGAGGAGCUACUUAAUCGUGGUUUUAUCAGACCAAGUGUUUCACCGUGGGGAGCACCUGUUUUAUUUGUUAAAAAGAAGGAUGGAUCAUUUCGGCUCUGUAUAGACUACAGACAGCUGAAACAAAGAGCAAGGUACUUUUCUAAGAUUGAUUUGCGAUCAGGAUAUCAUCUGUUAAAGAUCCGAGAGGAUGAUGUUUCGAAAACUACUUUUAGGGCUCGGUAUGGUCACUACGAGUUCCUAGAGGAGCAUGCGCAUCAUUUGCGCAUAGUUCUUCAGACAUUGAGGGAGCAUCAAUUGUACGCCAAGUUUUUAAAGUGUGAAUAUUGGUUAGAAGAAGUGGCAUUUUUGGGACAUGUUGUGUCUCAAAGUGGAAUCAAAGUAGAUCCAAAGAAGAUUGAAGCGGUUGUGGAAUGGAAACAACCAACUUCGGUAACUGAAAUUCGUAGUUUCCUUGGUUUAGCAGGAUACUACAGGACAUUUGUGCAAGAUUUCUCCAAAAUCUCUGCACCAUUGACGAAGUUAACUCAUAAGAAUGCGAAGUACGAAUGGACAGAGAAAUGCGAUAAUAGUUUUCAGAAACUGAAGGAGUGUCUAACGACAGCUCCAGUGCUAGCAUUACCAGAAGGCAUUGAAGGAUUCACCGUUUACUGUGAUGCUUUAAGGGUUGGUUUAGGAUGCGUUUUGAUGCAACAUGGACGAGUGAUAGCAUAUGCUUCUCGCCAACUGAAAAAGCAUGAAGUGAACUAUCCUGCUCAUGACUUGGAAUUAGCAGCAAUGAUUUUUGCAUUGAAAAUCUGGAGACAUUACUUGUACAAUGCAACGUGCGAGAUAUUCACGGAUCAUAAGAGUUUGAAGUAUCAUCCGGGUAAAGCCAAUGUGGUGGCUGAUGAGCUAAGUAGGAAGUCUGCAGGAUGUUUAGCACACGUUACAACGGAGUGGCGAAGGCCAUUGAUCAAAGAGAUCUAUACGAUGUUCAGUCAGAACAUCAUAUUUGAAGUUUCUUAUCUUGGAAGCUUGAUAGCUCAAUUAAGCGUGCGACCAACACUAAUUGACAGGAUUAGGGAACUACAAGGUGAGGAUCCUCAACUAAAGCAUGUAAUGGAUGAGGUAGAAAAAGGAAAGUGUCAAGACUUUAGUGUUGUUAACGGAGCACUGAAGUAUGAUACCAGAUUGUGCGUACCAGAUGUUGAGAAUCUAAGAAAAAAGAUCAUGGAGGAAACCCAUGGGUCAACUUAUAGUAUUCAUCCAGAUCCGACGAGCAAGCAAGUUAUCGGACAAGGAGAGUGGAGGGUGACCGAGAACUGUUUUAUGGAUAAUGGUUUUAUGCUUGCAAAGCGGCCUGGACCUAACAGGUUUUCCUGGGGAGCCAGUAAUUCAAUUUACGGCCCAGCAAACCUUACACAGAAAGAAGAUGACUGUGAUAACAUGAGUUCACAGUUCAUCCUGUGUUAA